CGGCGCAGAACUUACGUCCCGGCGCAUGACGCAGCACGCUCGGCUAUAAAUACGUGCCGACGCCCCCGCUUUCUCUCUGAUCGCACGGACUGCCGGCAAGAUGGCGCCGAAAGUCAAGAAGCCUAAGAGGACAACCUGGAAGUUUGGUUUGGACCUUACCCAUCCAGUAGAAGAUGGCAUUUUUGAUUCUGCAAAUUUCGAACAGUUUCUACGGGAGAAGGUUAAAGUCAAUGGGAAAACAGGAAAUCUUGGGAAUGUUGUUCACAUUGAACGCUUCAAGAAUAAAAUCACAGUUGUUUCUGAGAAACAAUUCUCUAAAAGAUAUUUGAAAUACCUUACCAAGAAAUACCUCAAGAAGAAUAGUCUUCGUGAUUGGCUUCGUGUGGUUGCAUCUGACAAGGAGACGUAUGAACUGCGUUACUUCCAGAUUAGUCAAGAUGAAGAUGGGUCUGAAUCUGAGGACUAGGUGAAGGCACCUUAUAUAGGCCUUUGCUUAUUAAUAAAACAUAUGAAGUGUACCAAGAGAAACAUCUAGAAAUGGAUUUUUAUUGGUGAAUAAAAAAUGUAACACACUGUUAA